CCAUUGUGAUUUACCACAAAAAUUGCAAGAUCUUGAAGAUUAUGCUUGAUUAGCAUUUGAAAAUUUCGGAGAUAUGGUGAUGUUCUGGAUCACUUUCAAUAAACCAAGAGAAAUCUGCUAUGAAGGUUACAGAGCUGAUACUAAAGCACCGGUCGUUAAUGCCACUAGUGUUGGCACUUAUAUUUGCGUAAAAAAAUUUGCUCAUCGCUCAUGCUCAAGCUUACCUUGCAUAUGCUAAAGCCUUCAGAAAUACUCAACGUAAAACUAUUAAUGUGAGUUGGUUUGAUCCGGCCACUGAUUCUGAAAGGGAUCAAAUUGAAGCGGAGUUAAGAAGACAAGCAGAAUGGGGCCUUUACGCCGACCCUAUUUUAUCAAAACAAGGUGGUUUCCCUGAGGAGUUGUCGGAACGGGUCGCUGCCAAGAGCGCCGAGCAGGGAUACGCGUGGUCACGAAUGCCUAAAUUAAUGGAAGAAAACGAAAUUAAUUCAAGGUUGUUUAUAAUUAGUUGUGCCGCCAAGACUGUGCGGCAGGAGAGGAGCUUUCCAGAUGACUUUUUGUUUGGUACAGCAACCGCCUCCUACCAGAUAGAAGGAGGAUGGGACGCCGAUGGUAAAGGCGAAAACAUUUGGGAUUACAUGACUCAUAAUAAGGCAGACGUUAUUAAAGAUUUGAGCAAUGGGGACAUUGCAGCUGACACCUACAACAACUACAAGAUGGACGUGGAGAUGAUGCGAGAGCUUGGACUCGACGCUUACCGCUUCUCGCUCUCAUGGGCAAGAAUAUUGCCCGAAGGGUUUUCACAUAAUGUAAACGAGGAGGGUGUCGCUUUCUACAACAACUAUAUUAAUGAAAUGCUGAAGUAUAACAUACAACCUUUAAUCACUCUUUACCAUUGGGAUUUACCACAAAAACUGCAAGAACUCGGAGGUUUCGUCAAUCCACUUUUUUCUGACUGGUUUGAGGAUUACGCUCGGGUAGCUUUUGAACGUUUCGGCGACAGAGUAAAGUUUUGGAUUACCUUUAACGAACCUAGAGAAAUCUGCUACGAAGGUUAUGGUUCAGCUACUAAAGCACCGAUAUUGAACGCUACCGCUGUAGGUACAUACCUUUGUGCUAAGAACCUUGUUAUUGGCCAUGCUAAGGCUUACCAUGCGUACAAUAAAGACUUCAAACCCACUCAAAACGGACAAUGUGGAAUUACCAUCAGUGUGAAUUGGUUUGGUGCGGCUACCGAUUCUGAAGAGGACCAAAUUGCAGCUGAACUAAGAAGACAGGCAGAAUGGGGUCUUUACGCCGAGCCUAUUUUCUCCCAAGAAGGUGGUUUCCCUAAAGAAUUGUCGGAACGUGUUGCUGCCAAGAGUACUGAGCAAGGUUACGGCUGGUCACGAAUGCCUUUAUUCACGGAUGAAGAUCGGGACUUAGUCAAGGGUAGCUUUGAUUUCUUCGGUGUGAAUCACUAUACAGCAUACUUGGUUUCAGCAGCGGAAGAACAUAAAGUGCAAUAUCCAGUCCCGUCGCUUUAUGAUGAUUCCGAUUCCUACACAUACACUCCAGAUGAGUGGCCCCAAUCUGCUUCAGCUUGGUUAAAAUUAGCGCCCAACAGUAUCUACGACGCAUUCACCUUUCUGAAAAACAAAUACGGUGAUAUCGACUUCUAUGUGACAGAAAAUGGCUGGUCGACGACUCUAGCGGCCGGCCUAAUAGAUGAAGAUAGGAUUAGAUACUAUAGGGCGGCUUUGAACAGUGUCUUGGAUGCGAGAGAGGCUGGUGUCAACAUCAAGGGCUAUAUGGCCUGGAGUCUUAUGGACAACUUUGAGGAACGUUUCGGAUUAUAUGAAGUUGACUUCGAGGAUCCUGCUCGCACUCGCACUCCACGCAAAUCCGCAUUUGUUUACAAGGAUAUAAUCAAGAAGCGUAGCAUUGAUCCCGAUUAUGAGCCAGAAUCCCUUACAAUGACCAUCGAUGAUGGAUUAUAAACAAUAAUAAUACAAAACAAAUAUGGUCAUGAUAAUUUUUAAAAUUAUUAUAAUAAGUCAUACAUAAAUAAAAAUAUGUUCACAAAAAUGUUAUUAACUGUUUUAUUUUCUGAGAAUUUAA